CAUUUCAACUGUUUUGGGUUUUGAUGUGGUCCCUACCACGGAAAAAAUAAUAUAUACCCGUCACAUUGUUUCUUAAAAGUGUGGAACAAUUAGAUAUUGACAUCAUGACUUUAAAACUAUGUCUGCGAUUGGAAGUUGCCUCAUUUUGGCCAUUAACAGAAAUUUCAAAGACUUUUUCGUGAUGCAGGAUGUACAUCACUUCAGCUACUGAUAAUUAGAUAAAUUACAUAGUGAGGGGAAAUUUACAAGUAAAACGUCAAAAUGUCGAUGUCUGAGGCCAUGCUGUCGGAGAAUUCUAUUAUAUCUCCCAUUGAACAGCAAGGGAACUUCUUCAUCAUGGACUCUGAACAGUUGGUGUCCAAUCCGCUUCAAGAAAUGCAAAAUGAAGCCAUGGAUAACCAAAAGAAAUCCUCCCUUACUGAGAGACUGGUCAGUGUCAAAAACAAUGUCUGUGAGAAGCACUUCUUAAUGAAAGCUGACAAAAUCAACAAGGAGCUCUCACAUUCCAUGAAAAAGAUUCAUGACAAUUCAAGCGAACUUCGAUACCAAAUCAAGCUAUAUGAUAUCAACAAACGGAAAAUUGAUUUAGAGACUAGGCAGCGCAUACAGCCUAGGAGGGAUUUUUCAUAUGAUGCAUUCCAAAUUCAAAAUUCUGAGAAACGACUUGGUGUGUUGAGUGAUUGUUAUUACUUGGAGAAAAAACAGAAAUUCCCGAUUCGUGGCCGGAAUAUGAAUGAUCUAAAUGCUACCCCGACUGUGUCGAGAGCUCGGAAUAUGUUACGUCAGCAGGAAAAGGAGGAUCGAGAGGAUGAAUUGAGCUCUUUAGCUAAGAUAAGACAGUCAACCCCUGGAACUUUUUCACUCAGCUCCAACAGAGCUUCAAUUUAUCAGAGAAGAGGGUCAAAAUCUGCGCCUGCUUCAAAAAUGUCUGCUUCUGUUCGAGAAACAUUAAACAGUCAAUCAAACAGUCAAGAUGGAGAUUCAGCUAAGCUUCCUUCUAUUGAAAGACAGAAGACAAAGGACUCUCAUGUUAAAUUCACCGAAAAUGUGCGAACCUCCACCCCAAAUAAACUUAUUAGACCUCUCACACAUGGUCCCCGAAUAACUCGUCGGCUCAAUGCCUGGGACAGUGACGAUGAAGAUGAUUUCGGAUCAACAGACUACAUCAAUCUUCGACAGCUUCUAUUUGGUGCUGAAAACAAGACCAUAUCUAAUGGAUCCAGUGGAACUCCACGAACACUAACUCGGGAAAGCUCGAGAUCUGUGCCAAACUUACGACGAACAAAUGCUCCCAAAAUGACUCAAGAAAUGCUUAUAGCAGAGCGGAAAGAGAUUGACAAGAAAAUCAGCAAGUUCUUUGAGAGCUUGGAGUACGAAGAUGAUAGUGAGGAGAGCGAGGAAGAGCCGGAACCAGAUCCUAAAAAACUGACGGUGCCAGCAGUGGCAAAGGCCGCCGCACUCCUCAACAUCUUCUCCAAAACUGCUCAGGUGGAGGAAAAUCCGUUCCUUAGGGCCAAGAUUGAACGAGAAAGUAGGGAAGUUCACAAAAACGAUGCUGCAAGAUCCACGAGUUCUCGUUCUACAUACUCUAAUAGAUCAGCUAAGGAGGAUAGAUCUCAGAAGAAGAAUCUGUGGAAGUUCAUUAAGACCAACAUGAACAACGGCAAGGUCAAACGCUGCAGCACACCCAGCAAGAUCAUCCUUCAGCAGAUGACACGCUUAGACCUGAGUCAAAAUGAUGUUUCUAAAGUGCCUCUUCAUUCUGCUGGACGAGCUCUCAGGCACACGCCCACAUUUAAGAUGAGGAAAGUUGUCGAAAAGCUGAUGAAGAGUCGGACGAAGUUCCAACAGCAGGAGGUGGACUUAUUACGACAGCAGUUAGAACAGGGUGAAAAUAUCUCCGAGGUUCCAUCGCAGGCGGUUCCAACGGUGCAAUCAUUAGUUAUGUAGGAAUUAAAAAAAAACACUUUUCUGAUGAAAAAAGGAAUGGGAUUAUUAAGAUUCAUGUAUAAAUAAAAUUCAUAUGGAAUCUUUGUUACAUUUUGUGGAAUUCUGUGGAUUAAUGAAUAUGAGAGCAAUGACUGUAGUCUGAAUGAAUUUCUUAUGACAGUGGGUGGCUUUGCCAAAAGUUGUGAGUGUUUGAAUUCUAGGAAUAUCUAUUUGGGAUGUAACACAAAAUCAUUGUAUCAGGGCAAAAAAUUGGUGUAUGUUUCCUACAGCUGAUUGGUUUAAUCUAGAGUUACUUUAUAAAAAAAAUGGCAGACAGAAAGUACUUCCAUUCUUUUUAUUCAAUUUUCAAAUAGUAAGGAUAAUAUUGUGUAUCUAGUUAAAUUUCCAUCUCAUGUAUUAUCUUUAUGAAUGGGCACAAAAGGAACCACAUAUUGUGUACAAUUACAUAAAUCUAAUCGUAAUUUUAAUAAUGUAAUAUGCAGUAUACAAUAUGUAAUAUACAUUUUAUGUUACCAUAUCAUUAAUUUGAUACCGUAUAGUAAAAAUUUUAGUGAUGAUUUAAUUUAGCAUUAUUAGCAAGAGUGAUGAGAUCACUAAAAUUGAAUAUCGCUAAAAAUUUAUUCCAACUUGGAAGCAGUAGUUAUUUUUCAUGGAAUUAUAGUUCCUAAAAUUAGCUCUUGCUAAUAUAUAUACCCAUUUUUGUGGAAAAAUUGCUAAAUUUGUGUCUCGCUAAAAAUUCCACACAUACGGUAUAUAUUAUGUAUAUGUGUGUAUGGAGAUUUUCUAAAAGUAAGAUUUCUUAUUCCAAUAGUUGCUAAUAGGUUUAUAUAGUGUUUCAUAUGUCAUAAAAAUAUCACCGCACACCUAGCGUGCUAAGAUAAGUUUGACAAGUCCUACAGUUUGGCAUUAAAUGCUAGUCUGUGUCUGUAUAGUGCUCAUUGCUUGGUUCUGUGUACAAAGACUCUGUUUCUAUCAUCUAUAUAUCUGUGUAUCAAUUUGCUGACUGUGAUAUAAAAUAUUCAUAAUAAAAAGUUGUAAACUUAUAA